UACUUUUUAUAUAUAUAACCGUUCAAUGUUUUAAUGUGUUUACUCCUCGAAAUGGUCAUGCAUCGAUAGAAAUAUAUAUUUGCUAACUAAGUGACCCCAAAAUACUAAUGCGGCAGAAGCGAACAGCGGCCAAUCACUAGCUAAGCUAGCUAACGUUACCUGGAAGUAGAAAAUCCGUCUGCCUUUUUGUUAAUAUCUUAAUCAAACACAACGAAUGUUUCGCUUUUCCUUUUGCAUAAUUAUUGUUAUCUGAUUAGAUUCGCAAUGCAUAUUUUACUGUAAAAAAAAAACCCGCAGCUUUACAUCACACUUUGGAAGUUUUUUAACGUUAAGUAAGUAAAUUAAAACUCUUUUUGUGCAGCGAUAUUGACGUAUGUUCCCGAAUCGGUUGACAGGAGCAGCAGAAAUGGCCGAGUGGAACACCUACUACCGCAAUGAAGAGGACGAGGAAGACCAGGAGGAAGGAGAGCAGUCAGGAGGAGAUUACAAGGCCACCGGGAGGGACAGUUUGGUCUUCUUGGUUGAUGCCUCCAAGGAAAUGUUCAUCAAAGGAGAAGACGGACAGCCCUCCAACUUUGACAUGACCAUGCAGGUUGUGCGCAGUGUGUACGCCAGUAAGAUCAUCAGCAGCCACAGGGAUCUGAUGGCGUUGGUUUUCUACGGCACAGAGCAGAGCAAAAAUCCCAGGAACUCAUUUAAGCAUGUCUACGUGUACCACGACCUCGAUGAACCCGGGGCGAAGCGGGUGCAGGACGUGGACGCUCUGCGGGGGGGCAAAGGAGCCCAACUAGCGGCGGAGACCAUGGGCAGCGGGGAGACGUCGUUGGGCGACGCCCUGUGGUGCUGCGCCAACCUCUACAGCGACAUCAAGCUGCGCCUCUCGCACAAGCGGCUCAUGAUCUUCACCUGCAGGGACGAACCACACGGCGGCGACGGCGCGAAAGACCGACAGGCUCGCACCAAGGCGGGAGACCUCAAAGAGACCGGUGUCGUCAUUGAUUUGAUGCAUCUUAUGAAGCCGGGCGGCUUCGAUGUGGCGUCAUUCUUUCGCGACAUCAUAAGUCCACCCGAGGACGAGAGCGAGCUGGGGCUGCAGCUGGAGCCGUGCGAAAAACUGGAGGACCUCACGAAGAGGGUGCGAGCCAAGGAGCAGAAGAAGAGGGCCAUGGCCAGGAUGAACCUCUGUCUUGGUGAGGGUAUAAAUGUAGCCGUGGGAAUAUAUGCGCCUGCUGUGACGGCUCGGAAACCAGCUCCCAUCAGACUUUACAGGGAAACCAACGAACCGGUCCGCAGCAAAACCAGAACCUUCCACACUCAGACGGGCAGCCUGCUGCUGCCCAGCGAGAUAAAGAAGUCCCAGGUGUAUGGUAAAAAACAGAUCGUUAUGGAGGGGGACGAGGUGGACGCCAUCAAGAAGUUUGAGGAUCCCGGAAUGUCUCUCAUCGGAUUCAAGCCGAUGGCGAAGCUGAAACGCCACCACCACAUCCGCCCCGCCGCCUUCCUCUACCCCGAGGAGGACCAGGUGAAAGGCAGCGCGUGUCUCUUCUCCGCCUUGUUGGCCAAGUGCAGCGAGAGGAACGUGUUCGCGUUGUGCCGCUGCGUCGCUCGCCGAAACUUCCCGCCGCGGUUUGCCGCGCUGGUGCCUCAGAAGGAGGAGGUCGACGAGGGGAAAGUACAGAUUUCGCCUCCAGGGUUCCACGUCAUCUAUCUGCCGUACGCCGACGACAUGCGGACUCUGGAUCCUCCCCAGUUCCCCACGGCCUCACAAAGGCAGGUGGACAAGAUGAAGCAGAUCGUCUCCAAGCUGCGCUUCAAAUACAGGAGCGAUGCUUUUGAGAAUCCAGUCAUCCAGCAGCAGUACAGGAACCUGGAGGCGCUGGCUCUGGAUAUGAUGGCUCCCGAGGACAUCGACGACCUCAUCAUGCCAAAGGUGGAGCAGAUUAACGACCGCCUGGGCCCGUUGGUUCAGGAGUUUAAAGACCUGGUCUACCCCGACGACUACAACCCUGAGGGCAAACCCGCUGGCAAGCGCAAAACCGCUGAUACCGGAGGAGGAGCUGAGAAGAAGCCCAAAGCGGAGGUGCCGGAGGACGAGCUGCGGGCCCACGUGCAGGACGGCACGCUGGGGAAGCUGACUGUGCCGGUGCUGAAGGAGGCCUGCAAGCGCUUCGGGGUCCGCACCACCGGGACCAAGAAGCAGGAGCUGAUGGACGCUCUGAUCGCCCGGCUGGGCAAAUGAGGAGUUUAACGUGCAACUCGUGAGCAGGUCCAGCUUCUUCAGAUCGGUGCCUCUGCUCCAGAUGUUAAAAAAACAAAAACAAAAAACACAUUCAAAUGCUCCGAAUCCAGCAAUACAAAGGAGACCUAUUUUCACAAUGCAGACGGUGAGAUUUGGGUACGGCCACAGUACUGCCUCCCGAAAACAAGCGUCCUUUUGUUCCUUCUCCCACGAGGAAGCUUGGUGCUGGUGUUUAAAUGUAAAAAAAAAAACCAAUUCAGUUUCUUUGUGACCAAGACCUCUCAAACUGCUGUUGUGUGAGUUGACAUUUGUUGAUCAUUUUGCACCGUGGUAAAUAAAACGAAACCCUUUUACAGCCGUGCGU